AUGAUAUGUCCAAGAAAGAAGAGGCCCAUCAAAGAUGAGGAUUUCUCUGCCAUCGUGGUGCCCUCCAUGAGGGGUCAUGGUUACUUGGAUUACACAGUUGAAAGUCAUCCCUUUAGAGCCAUGCAGAUCAUGGACGAGCUCCGCCAUCAUGAGUUGCUCUGUGAUCUGGUUCUACAUGUAACUUACAAAGACAAGAUAGUGGAUUUUAAGGUGCAUAAACUGGUGCUGGCUGCCUGCAGUCCUUACUUCAAAGCCAUGUUCACCAGUAACUUCAAGGAAUGCCAUGCCUCGGAGGUCACCCUGCGAGACGUGUGCCCUCAGGUCAUCAGCCGCCUCAUUGACUUUGCCUACACCUCCCGUAUAACAGUGGGCGAGAAGUGCGUUCUUCACGUCCUCUUGACUGCGAUGCGCUAUCAGAUGGAAGAGGUGGCCAAAGCGUGCUGCGAUUUCCUCACGAAGAACCUGGAGCCAUCAAAUGUCAUAGGCAUCUCGAGAUUUGCGGAGGAGAUUGGCUGCACCGAUCUGCACCUUCGCACACAAGAGUAUAUCAACACUCACUUCAGUGAGGUAACCAAAGAGGAAGAGUUCUUCAGUUUGUCCCAUUGCCAGCUUCUGGAGCUGAUCAGUCAGGACAGUCUAAAGGUGCUCUGUGAGUCCGAGGUCUACAAGGCCUGCAUCGACUGGGUUCGCUGGGAUGCAGAAAGCCGAGCGCAGUACUUCCAUGCCCUACUCAACGCGGUCCACAUCUAUGCCCUUCCACCCACAUUCCUCAAAAGACAACUGCAGUCCUGUCCCAUCCUCAGCAAGGCCAACUCUUGCAAGGACUUCUUGUCCAAGAUCUUCCAGGAGAUGGCUCUUCGAAAACCCCUGCCGCCAGCUCCUCAUCGUGGGACGCAGCUCAUCUACAUAGCAGGAGGUUACAAGCAACACUCUCUGGACUCUCUGGAAGCCUUCGACCCACGGAAGAAUGUCUGGAUAAAUCUAGCUGACAUGGGAUCUCCUUGUAGCGGGCUCGGGGCAUGUGUGUUGUUCGGGCUCCUUUAUACGGUCGGGGGACGGAAUCUCUCUCUCCAGAACAACACGGAGUCUAGAUCUUUGUCCUGCUAUAACCCCAUGACUAACCAGUGGACCCAGCUGGCUCCGCUCAACACACCCAGAAACCGAGUGGGUGUCGGGGUCAUUGACGGCAGCAUUUAUGCCGUAGGGGGUUCACAUGCCUCUACACAUCACAACAGCGUUGAGAGGUAUGACCCAGAGACAAACCGCUGGACAUCUGUGGCCCCUAUGUCAGUGGCGCGGCUGGGGGCCGGUGUCGUCGCGUGUGGGGGAAGUCUGUAUGUGGUUGGAGGAUUCGACGGGGACAACCGAUGGAACACGGUUGAGCGCUAUCAACCAGACACGAACACCUGGCAGCACGUGGCACCUAUGAACACAGUUCGGAGCGGUCUCGGGGUGGUGUGUAUGGAUAACUACCUCUAUGCAGUUGGUGGCUAUGAUGGUCAAACCCAGCUCAAAACGAUGGAGAGAUAUAAUGUCACUCGAGACGUGUGGGAACCCAUGGCCUCUAUGAACCACUGCCGCAGUGCACAUGGAGUCACAGUCUACCAAUGCAAGAUUUAUGCGUUAGGUGGAUUUAAUCAGGGGGGUUUCUUGUCCAGUGUGGAGUGCUACUGUCCAGGCAGUAAUGUAUGGACGUAUGUAACAGAUAUGCCCGUUGAGCGCAGUGGAAUGGGUGUUGCUGUAACCAUGGAACCCUGUCCUGGAAUCCUGCCAGAGGAGGAUGAGGACGAGGAGAUGUAAUGUAGAAGUUUGACCUGUGAACUUGUGCCAUUUUGAAAAAAGCACAUGUUGCAUUUCCUUCAAACGACUUAAUGCAUGUAAUGCCAAUAAGGACAUUUGUAUGUAAUUUAGGUUCAUUUGAAUUUUUUUUUUUUUUGAUAGAUCUUCCUUCUCUACAAAGUGUGUGUGAUUUAAAGAGAGAAACGUUGAUAAUCACUGGAUUAAUGAACCUCUGAUCACUUUAUAUGGACUAAAUGAAUAUCCUGUGACUGAGACACACACAAUAAUUUUGUUGAACUGCUAAAUACGUAAUUUUGUGAGCUCGUUCUAUAAUACUUUUCAUGCCUGUAAAUGCACUUUUUAAUGUGCAUACCUGAUUAAACACUGAUAUCUAAAGAAA